CAUCAUGUGACGUCUGUGGAGCGGCGGCGGCGGCGGCGGCGGCGGCGGAUCCCGAGCCUGGUCCGGCCCGGCCUUCCCAGCGCGCUCGGCCCGGCCCGCGCAGGCGGCCAGCCCCAUCCCGGGCGCGGAGCCCCCGCGCGGCCCUCCCCACGCAGCCUCGGAGCGCCCGCCGCCCCCGCCCCGGCCUCGGCCCGCCCGGCCCGCAGUGUGGAGGAGUGCCUGCUCGCUGCGCCCCCGGGUUAUGACGACCCCCAAUAAAGGAAGCAAGGCCUUGAAGGUGAAGCGGGAGCCUGGUGAGAAUGGCACCAGCCUGACGGACGAGGAGCUGGUGACCAUGUCGGUGCGGGAGCUGAACCAGCACCUGCGGGGCCUGUCCAAGGAGGAGAUCGUGCAGCUGAAGCAGCGGCGGCGCACGCUCAAGAACCGCGGCUACGCCGCCAGCUGCCGCGUGAAGCGGGUGACGCAGAAGGAGGAGCUGGAGAAGCAGAAGGCGGAGCUGCAGCAGGAGGUGGAGAAGCUGGCCUCGGAGAACGCCAGCAUGAAGCUGGAGCUCGACGCCCUGCGCUCCAAGUACGAGGCCCUGCAGACCUUCGCCAGGACCGUGGCCCGCGGCCCCGUGGCGCCCGCCCGGGGCCCCCUGGCCGCCAGCCUGGGGCCCCUCGUCCCCGGCAAAGUGGCCGCCACCAGCGUCAUCACCAUAGUCAAGUCCAAGACGGACGCCCGGUCGUAGGGGCGCACGCUGGCCCCGGCGGGUCUGGGAGGGGCCGUGAGGCACGCGGCACAUAAGCAGCCCUGUCCCCCUCCCCGCUCCCCGUCCUACCUCCUCCCUCCCCUGCGAAGCACAGCCCGCACCCCGGCGGGCGCCGGCCGGGCCCUCGGUCUCGUGUUGUCAGCGUGUGUCUGUGUGUUGGGAUUGGUCAGUUCAGCGGUGCCGUGGGGUGGCCCCUGCCCCUUUGUACCAAGGCCAAGGGGGUGACCCGGAGGCGGCCCUUUGGGAGCAGAGAGGAGCGAGCGAGCUGUGGGACUCGGCGUCCCUGUGCAGGCAGGGCUCCAGGGCAGGAGGCUGCUCUGCCUCCAGUGGCCCGGGCCCUGACGGCUGUGGGCCGGCGGGGGGCUGGGCAUUCCCUCAGAUGGACUCUGCUCCUCGGAGCGGGGCGUCCUGAGGGCUCCCGGCAGGGGGCGCCGUGUAGCUGUGGGCCAGGGGCCUGGGCAUGCUCGCCUGACGCCUUGCACUGACCAAGACCAAAUCACUGGCCGUGAGCGUGCGUGAGGUGUGUCCCGUGCCCCGCGAUGGUCCGCGUCGCUGUUUACAUGGCCUGUCGGUGUGGUUACCCAGCCCUUUAUUUAAGAGAGAAGUUCCUUUUACGAAGUUAUUAAAUUAUAUGUUUAAGAGCUAAAG